GGGAUGGAUCGUGACUAUGGCCAUGGCUCUUAUGGGGGUCCAAGAUCCAUGAUCUCCUACCUAAACCAGUCACAUGACAUGGACAGUCAUAGUGGUGGUGGGAGUUGUAGUGAAGGGGGUAGCAAGCAUAUGGGCAAUUUUAGAGGCAAGUGUAGACCUGGAGUAGUUAUAGACUAUCAUAACAAACUCAGUAAAAUAGCAGUUGCUGCAAGAGGAAUCAAGAGAAAAUUGAUGCAGCCAUCUAAUAAGCCUGGAGUGGUGUUUAUCAAGAAACCUAAACUGGCAAAACUGAUUGAGACAAUGAGCCAGAAAAAAACACCUACUAAAAUGGCCCCUAAAAGUGAAGAAGAGAAGAAACUAGUUGAAAUAGAAAGACAGAAACAAAGGCAGAGAGGAGAGAUCAGUCAGUGUUCACUUUGCACAUUCCAAGCAUUUGAAGAAAAAGAAAUUGAAGUUCAUCUAGAAAGUUCUUUUCACCAGGAAACCUUAGAUUAUAUUCAGAAACAAAUCAAAUUUGAUAAAAUAGUUAUGGAAUUUUUGCAUGAAUAUAUGUUUAAUAAAUUCAAGAAAACAUCAGUAUGUAAACAACAGACUACUAGUUAUUCAGAAUCUGUUAAAGUAAUUGAGAAAGGUGUAAUGGAAAGGGUUAUUGCAGAUGACCAAAUAAUGAAAAUAGAGACUGUUCACUACAGUGAUUGCAGGGUCUAUGUACCUGCUUUACACAGGUUCUUUCAACAGCACUUAAAAUCUGAUAACCACACCAAGGGGAAACAAGCCUAUAGGGAACAAAUAAAAAGAGAGAGCAUCUUAACUGCUGCCAGCAUCUUGUAUAAUCCAAUGGUAAAAGCAUGGCAUGAACUUUUUGUUAUGAGUAAGAAUUCUUUUGAGGCUGCAGAUCAAAGUCGGAAGCAACACAGAGAACAAUCUGAUGAGGAGGAAGAAAAGAUUGAUGAGCCUAUGGAGGAAGAAGAAUAA